AUGCCACAUGGGAUACAUAAGGUAUCAUUUUUUACUAAUCGAGCUGGUCUAUAUCUUUCGAAUGAAAAUAGUUUACGUUAUCCACAAGAUUUAUUUAUUGAUAAUGUCAAUGAUAACUUUAAUCAAACAAUAAUGAUUGUUGGUGAUGAAAAUCGUCAUCAUCAUUGUAACGUGAGUUUUUUUCCAACUGCAAUGAAACUUGAUAAAUUUGAGAAUAUCUUUGUAAUUAUUAAUGGAUCUUCAUAA